GUAUCCGGAAAUGUCUAUCAAGCUCUCUGACGCUAUUAAAGUUGACCAACGCCACAGUUUGCUGUUGACAGGCCAGACUCCACGCGGGUCCGAGUUUGCGGAAAUGGCUUUUCUUAUGCGAUUUUGCACCUUAGUGGUGAACGUUUUAUGUCUGCCGCUACACCUGAUGGAAUCCGUCGGCCUUUAUCAAAUAUAUAAACGCGUCUUCCCGAUUCUUUUGUAUCGCUUUUCUAAAUCAUACAACAAGAAAAUGCACGACAAGAAGACAGAGCUGUUUCGCAGUCUCUCGGAGUUCAAAAAGGCUGGCAAACAGCUCACACUUCUAGAGAUUGGCUGCGGCACAGGCACGAAUUUUAAGUAUUAUCCACCAGGCUGCAGAGUGAUCUGCGCCGACCCGAACCCCAGUUUCCAGAGCUACCUGAAGCUCAGCAUGACCGAGAACGAGCAGCUGACGUAUGAGAGGUUUAUGGUGGCAUCGGGGGAGGACAUGGGGUCAGUGGAAGACGAAUCAGUGGACGUUGUUGUCUGCACCCUGGUGCUCUGCUCGGUCAAAGACAUCCCACAAACUCUGCGAGAGAUACACCGCAUACUGAGACCAGGUGGAGCUUUCUUUUUCAUGGAGCAUGUUGUAGCAAACCCCUCCACCUGGACCCACUUCCUCCAGCAUGUUCUCCAGCCUGCAUGGUACUACUUUGCGGACGGAUGUCAAGCCAUCCGGGACACCCGGAAGGAUCUGGAGUCUGCUUGGUUCUCUGAUCUGAAACUCAGCCAUGUAGACGCACCGCUCCUCUUCCUCAUUAAACGACACAUUAUGGGCUAUGCUGUCAAAUAGAUUCAAUAUGUUUGCUUUAGUAAGCUUGCAUUUAACCAGAUAGUGAGUUUGCCCUGCCUUUAGCAUCUUGCUGUUAUGACUGAUCAGUUAAUGCCUUUUAUUCUAAUUUUGCAAAUAAAAACUUCAGCUUUUGCAGAAAAAUUACCUCGGAGUUUGAUCAAACCUUUACACAGACCACACUGGGACUGUGCCAUAUGGCCUGAAAAUGUAAUCAGAUUUUUCACAUCAGAUCAUAAUCACAGUUUGAAUAUAUUUCUUGCUCGCUGAAGAAAAAUAAAAAUGAAAAGAAAAUGAAUAAAAUCUAGCUUUACACUUUUUUCUAUAACAUUUAAAAUAAGUAAACUGAAGUUCCAAAUUAGUACUUAGUAUAAGGAGUGGAAUAAGAAAUUAUAUUUAAUUUCAAAUACAAUUGAAUUUUGUAAUGUAUCAAUAUUUACUACAAAGUUCAUCUUCGUUAUUUAUAUACAAAAAACUUUGCUCAAAGAGACAUUCAACGUAUAAGGUAGAAUGGGAAAAGUCAUGUAGAAAUAAGCUACAUUAACCUAUUAGGUAGAUAGAUCAUUUAUUUUGUGAAUUGGACUUUAUUCUGAAGUUUAUUUUUGUCUUUGUUCUCAAACUACAGUAAUCCGCAUUGUGAGCCAGUGCCCAUAUUAUCCAAAUUUUCUCAUUUUCCAACCAGUCUGACCUGUACUCAUCCAGGUGAAGCCCAAAGGGAGCAGUGGAAGUGGUUCAAGAGAUUAAAUCAAAUUUUCAUUUAACUAAAAAGUAAUUCAUUACUGAAAAAAUGAUUGCCCAGGCCUUGACGACACUCUGGCACUAAUGAUUUUGCAGUUGUAUGUGAAGAAGAAUGCAAUAUUUGACGUUUAAUUCAUUUCCAACUUUCAAGUUUCCAACUUAUGAUGCUUUGAUUUGGAUCAUUAAUUCAUAUGAAUCUUUGUGCCGCUCUUGUUGCUGUAUGGCUGCAUCAAUAAAGAUAUGUUUUGCAAUAAUAAAACUG